AUGGGCUUCCUCGAUAACGUCAAGUCCUUUUGGCACUCAGUCACCACAGACGACCACUAUGCUAGUUACGGCUCUCCCUACAAGAAUUCCACCGCGGGAGGUUCAAUCGAUCCCACGUCGCUGACAGCCAGACUAGCUGAUUUGAACAACUCACUGAGCCAUUCUCUCGUGGGUUCGCGUACAGCUUCAACUACCAACGUGGCUGGAUACAGACCAGGUUUGAGGUCGCUGCUGACCAACUUGAUCAACCAGUCAAGUGAUGUUCAAAUGCAAACGUUGAACAGGGAAGGUCUCCCUCCUUUGCCCUCUAUCGAUUCCUUGUGGGAUAGGAUAGAGAAGUGGUUGGAGGAGGAAUACCCCGAGUUGGAAGAUAGCUUGAACGACGGUGCCUCGACAGCAGACUUGAACGAGUUUGAGAGAGACUUGGCUAUUGGUCCUUUGCCUGUUGAGGUGCGUCAGUUCUUCAAGAUCCACGACGGUCAGUUCCGUGGCGGCAAGCCAACAGGUUUAAUCAUGGGUUUGAGUCUUUUGGAUAUUGAGAGCAUCAUGGAGGAGUACGCGGUCUGGGCCAAAGUCGCCGAGAGAAUCGAGAAACAAGUCGUGGCCGUAAACCAGCGGAAAAAAUUGCCCGAGGAGUCAACAUCGGCUUCUUUCUCCAACAACGAAAAACAGUUGAACAACUUCCUUGCACACCAGAAAUCUGUGCCUAUCAAUGCGGUCCAGUCUUACUAUAUCCACCGUGGAUGGGUCCCCCUUGUCAAAGACCCAUGCGGUAACUUGAUUGGUCUUGAUUUGGCUCCAGGUCCAGCCGGCUUGCGUGGCCAGAUCAUCUUGUACGGUCGUGAUUUCGACACCAAGAUCGUCGUUGCCACGAGUUUGCAAGAGUUCUUGUUCCAGUUCAUCACCGACUUGGAGUUGGGCAACUACGAGAUUGACCAAUCCGAGUCCAACACUGACAACGGAUUCUUGGACAGCGCACAAAACGACGACUACAUGAUUGGAGACGAGGAUGAGGGAAAUGGAGAUCUUACAUUCUUGGACCGCGACGGCAGCGAGUUUGGUACUGAGCUCAAGGGCAAAAUCUCUUACAUUGAAGCAUUGAAGAGAAGAGCUUUGAAGAGAUACAGCAUCCCCAACGCUGAGAAGUUUCAAACCGCAUUUACGCCUCAAAGAGUGCCCAGAAAGCAGCCUAUGGGUCGCCCUGAGGGUUCUCCUUCGAAGAAUGCCUCGACCAGCAAGCUUGUCAACUUGGAAAGUUCUGUCGAGCUUCCCAAGGAAACAUUGAUUGACGACAGCUCGAAGAGUGAAGAUAAGCCAUCUCCCAAGCAAGAAGCUCCAAAAAGCGAGGAGACCGUUGAGGCCGUUGAAGCACAGCCUGAGGAGAGCAAGGCAGAAGACGAGGCGGACAAGAAGGGUGACGAGAAGACCUCGGACAAGCAAACCGAAAUUGAACUCUAG